AUAAACGAAACGGUUUUCCCGCACUUUUCUAGAAAGAUCAACAAAUUUUCUAGCUUUACAGCAUUUGAAUGCUCGAUUUAUCAAUUGACCGGUUUAGAUAACAUAAUUUUAGAUUAUUUUUGCUAGUAUAAAGAGUUAACAAUGUCCUUUAACGCCGUAAACGCAUUCGUAAAUCGGCAGUACGGAUUCUGCUUCAUUAACUAAGGAUUCAUUAUACAGCCAAAUGGACCUGUUAUGACCCUACAUUCUACAAGUUACACUGCAAAACGGAAGUGGAAGAACAGCCACUAUUUUACACCCCAAUUUUUACUUGUAAAGGUGCCCAAAAAGUUGGUAAUGAACAGUUUGUAGCCAUGGCAAAUGAGGAUGGAAGACUUGUGGUGAUGGAUUACAAAACUAAUGAGAAACACAUAGUAAAUGCUCACAAUAAUGCCAUAUUCGACUUGGCAUGGAAAUUUGACCAGAUGCAAAUUGUGACUGCUUCUGGAGACCAUACUUGUAAAUUGUAUGAUUUUGGAGAUGGAGAUUUUAGGGAGGUACGAAUGUUUUGUGGCCAUACUCGAUCUGUGAAGACUGUCAAUUUUCGAAAGGAUGAUUCCAGUGUUUUUGCUUCAGGAAGUAGAGAUGGUAAUAUUAUUCUAUGGGACACCAGGACAGAUUUAAAUAGUUUUAUAGGUAAAGCUGACUGUACCAUAAUGAAUUCCCAUGCGGGCAAAGAUGUAAACACUCCUAGUAAAAAUAAGAAAAAGUAUAAUGCCAUGAUGGCCAGUUCUGGUAUAAAGAGCGUCACUAGCCUGGUAUUUCAAAAUGAAAACUCCUUAAUAUCUUGUGGUGCCGGUGACGGAAUGAUAAAAAUUUGGGAUUUAAGGCGCCAUUAUACGGUAAAUAAAAAGGAACCCCUUCCUAAAUAUACCAUUCCAUACACAGGAAAAACCGCUAAAAAUGGCUUUAGUAAUCUGAUUAUCGAUAGUGCAGGACUCAAAUUAUAUGCAAAUUGUAUGGAUAAUACCAUUUAUUGUUACAACGUUGGUACGUACGAUACUGAGCCUGUGAUGAGUUACGUUGGACAUCAAAAUAGUACUUUCUAUGUUAAAUCUGCUUUAUCCAAAGACGAACGUUAUUUGGUGAGCGGUAGCACCGACGAGCACGCGUACAUUUGGAAUUUGAAGUAUUCAAAGCCUAUUGUGAAGCUGGUAGGGCAUGCUGCGGAGGUAACUUGCGUCACGUGGUGCAACAGCGAGUUAAGCCCGGUGUUGUUCACGUGCAGCGACGAUUUAACAUACAAAGUAUGGAGCGUGUGUGGUUUAGACUGUUCGGAUCACAUCAGAGGGAAAGCGGGAAUUUUACCCAUGCCCAUACCACCCAAACCCACCAGGAAACGAAUUUUGUUACCGUUGAAGCCACCUUCCCCGUAUAAGAAGAUAUUAAAACAGUGCGAAAAUUGUCAGAAUCCUACGGAGUCGCCGUUAUUUUGCGAAAACUGUUUCGCGAAUAGGAACAAAAGGAAAGCGGAAACCGAGUUGUGGAGUGAAAAUAAAAAAAUUACCACCGAGUUUGGACCGCGUCGUUUAUUCGCCCAAAUCAGUCGGAACUUUCGGGAAAUAGUCGACAAUGGCGCGGGAUCUUUUGCGGUGUUAGAGCGACCGACAGAAGAUGUCGAUCGGAUGAGUUUGAAGUCUCUAAAUAAAGCACUUGAAUCAUUUAAAACGUCAAACGAGCCCCAAAACCAUCCCCCCACCUCACCCACACUGAACCUGCCUAAUUUCAACGUUGACGGUACCGCUCCCCACCUGAACUACUCCCCGCCCAAACGCAAAUCUCAGGACUGGUUGACGCGCAUGCGCGUCGAACGUCACCUGCGACAACAAAUGCUCGAACAAAGUUAUGGGCCGACUACGCCCCCUAAACAGCCGAAAAUCGAGCCUGGAGGUGCGGGAUUUGCACCCGUCACGCCCAGAAGUAGUCGAAAGGCGUGGCCGAACGCGGGUCAAAGUCCACUGUUACGCUUUUUUAAAGUCAGGAACAGCAGCGGGGGCAAGUGCGGGUCGGGAAUAGGCGGAGGAAAUGCGGCAAGUGGAGAACAAGCUAGUCAAUGAAAUUGCGGUGCAAACAUUUUUACAAGAAAAUCCGGUUGUUUUUUUUUUUAAGAGGAUUUUUCUGAGCCUCAUAUUACUGAAAAUCGGCUUACUUAAGAUGAUUUUUAAUCCGUAAUUUCGGUCUUGAUUGAUAGUCGUUUUAGUAAAGGUUUCUAUUCCCUAAAUGCGGGCUUCAAAAACAUACCUAGCAACGAGCAUAAUUAAAAUUCAUCAUAACAUAAAAUUGUAUGGAUGUUAUUACAUCUUAACGUGUACAGACUGUAUAUGAAGCAUAUAACUGCAAAAUCAAGUAAGUUUUGAGUAAAAAGAGACAAACAUGCCAAAAUUAGAGUUUUAACCUAAUAAACUUUCCGUUUUGCCAAAAUAUUCAAAGCUUUGAUAGAAAUUAACGUUUCAUCAUGAUAUUCUCUGGAAAAAAAUAGAUAUCUGGUUUUGCACCUGGGACUAGCAAAUAUCUGCUUUCGCAUCUAAUUUUCUAUAAUUGCUAUGCAGUUUCUUCAAGUACAAUACUUGAACUUUUUUUACUUACUACAAAAAAAGGUCAAAAAAAAGUUUUUUUCAUUUUUAUAAAAUUCUAUGCAAGCACAAAUAAGGCUUUGUGAUAAAAUUAAAAAAAAAAACUUAAAGUUAAUGCUUUUAUUAAACAAGUAAACAAAAUUAAAUUCUUAAAUCAUUAUCUUCAUUAUCAGAGAUAAUAUGAGGCGUUUAGAGCAAAAGUGACCUAAGCCAAAAAUAUUUUUUAUGGAGAAAUUCGCAAAUGAAAAUAAUGAAAUUUUUUGAAGAUUAAUUAUGAAAUUAUUAGAGGCGAUUGUAAGAAUUUCUUAAUUUAUUUUUAUUUAGGUAAGUGGUGGAAUAACAUAGUUUUUGGAAUUUUUUAUUUUGAAAAAUAAGAUUUUGUAUGUGGCUUGGGCCACUUUUGCAUAACCUUUUUUUUACUGACUUGAGACUAAAAAUGAAUUACUAAAGCAAAAUAAUUUAUUUUUAGGUAAACGAUAAGACAUUUUUAAACAAAACUCAACGUAAACUCUUAUUAAUCAUUUUCUUCUUCCUCAUGAUUUUCAAAAAAAUUCGUCUUCUUCAACACGUGCAUUGUAAACCAGUUGACGAUAAAAUUCAUGGUUUACUGGUGGCAUAUAAUCAAGCAAAGAUAACAAGUCUUGGUAUUUCUUUUCUUGUAUGGGCUUAGGUCCCUCGAACAGAGGAAGAAGUCUGGCCAUGUCAUGGAAAGUUUGGUUGUCCCGUUUUUUUACAUUAACUUCGUUAAAUAAAACAUUUUCGUUAUUGGAAUAUUUAAAUUGGAUAACUUCAGGUUUUUCUUUAUCAUACCGAAGCCACUGUAUUCGCAGACAUUGUCCUUUUUCAUCAGCUUUUUUACGAUUCGUUAAUGCCUUUUCUAGUUCUUUUGUUGAAAAAAAGUCGCUGGAUGUCAUAACUACUACUUUGAACAGAUUUGUUUUCCUGGCUUCUAUAUAUAUAAUAGAACCACUUGCAUCCAAUCAUUGGGAACAAAAAUAUUUUUAUAGUGUUUUUUGUUUUUUUCGACUAAUCCAAAGUCCUGAUCAUUUGGAAGGUAGGAGUGACCAGAAACUAAAAAUUUAUGGUUAAUGUUCUUAACUGUGUAAUCGCUGGAUAAUACAAUGUAUGUACAAAGGGCAGCCAUUUUGAAAUUCCUAUUUUGACCACCGCACUGAUCGCUGUACAUUAUUAGCUUUCUUGUGGUAACAAAGUUCUUAAUGUAGUGUGCAAUACAGGAACCAAUUUCCCGAGGACCCCGAGAUGCAACACUCUCGUCCCACAUGUACAUAAUGUGUACUACGCGAGUUUGAAGAUCAUGAAUCCCAAAACAAAACGUCCAAAAUUGCCUUUUGUAGUACGCAACUCCUGUUGAAAUGAUCGGCGUUGCCAAUGUUUUCAUUAAGUCAAAUGAAAUUACGGUAAGGUCAUUGUCCGAUUUUGCAGCUUCAGCAUCGUUUCUCAUGCCUUGUCUAGCAGCUUCAGCUUUCCUCUGAUGCAGCUCUGGUUCUGCUUUAAUUGCCUCACUUUCUUAGCCAUCUGCCAUAGCUGCUUUAAUUCUAAUAUUGAAAGCAUCACAUUUGCGACAACUAUCGAAUAAUGGCGCGUGAAACUUUAAAUUAAAAUCAUUUUUAAAUAUUUGACGAAAAACAAACAAUGAAACGGGUUGUUCAGUUUCAUUUUUAUACAAAUUGUACAUUUUGGUUAGGUCUAGUUCUGCAGAAAGAUACUUGACAUUUGGACUUUUUUUUAAUAAAUAAUGGGACUCAUAAGCUGGUAAUUUAUUAAUAAAACUUUUCACAGCAGUGACUUUUUCCAGAGAAGUUUUAUUAACUGGUAUUGAUUUUCGAAUUCAGAACCUGAAUCCUGAAAAGGUUCUUCUAUAUCUGUAACAAAAAAAAUGUAAAUGCAAAAGUGGCCCAAACCCGGAUCACCGAAACACAGUAUUUUCAUAACCUCAAAAUACAUAUUAUUUCAACUUUAACUGCAAAUGUGCAAAUAAAAUUUAAUUAUAGGUUACUUACCAAAGCGAUCUUCGUCACAACCAGACAUAUUUCUUUGCAUUUUAUUUGAAAAAAAAACUACUUUUCGAACAAAAAGUAUGCUAUCAAAAUUACAAACACGUGGUCAAAAUAUUCUCAACGUCACUGAAUACUAAAGCGGCCCACAAUGGGUUGGGCCAGUCUUGCUCCAGCAAAUAUGAACGUGCUAUGUACGCAAAAGUGGAUUUAUGUGACAUCUUGCGGUAAAUGGUCGAAAUAGGCUUGGGCCGGUAUUGCAUAAUAAAAAUUCGAUAUAUUUGUAGGCCAUUUUUGCUGUUAACUCAACUUUUUUAAAAAUGUGGCUUGGCCCACUUUUGCUCUAAACGCCUCAUAUUAUAUUCUUUAGGAUCCCUGGGAUGAUCUACCUUAUGAGGGUUUUCUAAUUCAAAAGCAUUUUUCAAAAAAAAUUAAGAUGUUCUUUAGCCGUCCAAUCUUUCUCAUAGUGCUUAGCUAAUAAAGCAGAUAUGUUUUUUGUCAGGUUUUCAAGAUUCUGCUUACUCUUAAUGAUUGUAAAUUAAUUUGAGAUUUUUUUUCUCCUUUUACAGAGACUCUUGGAAUUCGAAUGUUACUUUUAUAAAAUGGUAGAACCAAAACCAAAAGUUUUUUAAAAAUAUUAAUCUUUUCUUUCGUUAAAACCGAAAAUGUCAGGAUGCGGGAGCUUUAACCAUUUUUUGUUCUUCAGUCCUCCAAUAAAAAACUGAAUAAUCUUCAACCAUGAUUAAGACUGUGGAGUAAAAUUUUAUAAUAUUAAUGUAGGUUUCUAAUUCAAUAAUAGUGAUACAUUUCUUUUAUCUGAGCAAAUACUCGGCGAACGGGAGAAAAGAAUGCCCGACAAUGGGAAAUACAAGUUCUACACAUUUCACAUUGUGAAAGAGAGAAAAAUUUGCAGACAAUAUUAAAUCAUACCAACUUUGGCCUAUUCUUACUUUGCCCCCCACACCCAUCUUAUACAUCUAUUCGUUCGAUCUCUUGAUUAAAACUAAAAUGUUUGAGUGUAUUAAAAAUGGCGGCAACUAUCUCAUUCGAACUCUUUGACGAUCACUCUGUCCGUAUAAACGACGUUACUGUUUCAGGUUUAAAACUGGACUUGGAAUGUCCACUUACUACAGUAAAAUUGCAGACGUUUAUCUGCAUACUGAAAUAACAAGAUUGGUCUGAAAUUUUUGGCAUUCAAAAGAAAAUAUUGCAAUUCUGGGAAUUGAAUCUCAUAAUAAGUCAUAAACUUAGUUGCGCGUACAUAAACUACGUGGAUUGUGCACACACUGUUUUGUAAUAGCCUUUAGUUUUCCUUGUGAAUCGUUGAUUUUUUUAAUUUUCUAUAUCUUGGACAAACUUCAACUUUGGGUGAUAAAGAUAAUGGUGUACAAAAAAAUGUCUGAAAAAAAAAACACUUUGUCUUUUAAAUGUGAGUCCACUUUUCAAUUAUAAUUCCGUAAGGUAAGAAUCUUCUAAUAACUGUUUUUUUCUUGACUAUUAAAUUCUAUAUGGGCUGAUUUUUCUGAAACAUUUACCUCCUCUUCUUUUAAUUCGAUUUUUUCCAACACCCGGUAUAGCUACAAAUGUCUUUUUAUAAAUAGAAAUUUGUCCCCUUGAAGUAAUAAUUAUGACACUGACUGUCUUUGGUUUAUUUAGAAAAUUUUAUUUAAUUUUGGUAACAGACAUUUCUGGUUUAUUCGCUACGCAGUGCUUCAAUAACAACAUAUCUUGCUAUGAUUUGGAUGCCUCAUGAUAAAACUUUUCAUUACCUUCCUUUUCGUAUUUCAGUCAUAUAGUCGGCAACGAACAUUAAAGUUUUUUUGUUUUAUUCAAAAUGUCGAAAAUUCAGGAGCGCGCUUACGUGAAUACCUAAAAUCAAAAAAUGUUGCCACAGCCUCACCAGCAUCUUAAGUACAAAUGCCUUUUUAUUUUGGCCUUCUCUCUUUUCCAUUCCUGCUUACUAACCAGUCUAUUUCAACCCUUGUCUGCUGGACUUGGUUCAAUAGCAACGCCACUGGCAAUAUCGUUACGCACCACAAAACUAUUUUACUUAAAAUCUUAAAAGCAUUUUUUCCAGCUGAUAUAUUUUAAAACUAAGUUAAAUAUUAUUUUAUACACCUUAUUGUCUCACGUUUUAACUCUGAAUCUAGAUUCAAAUUAUGAAUAAAGGCUUUAAAAUGCCUAUUUAUGUACCUAAAUUAUGUAGUUGAAACCUUAUGUACCUAAAACAAUCAUAUUCCUAGGAAAGUUUUCUCAUGUAAUCCAUCUUUAACAAUUUUUUUUGGAAAAUGUCAUAUGUCUGAUUUUGUAUUUAUACGCUUCGUAUGUAAUAUUACCCAAUUAUGAUGCUUUCUUAAGGCAGGAUUUUUAAAAAAGAAAUUUUUUACCGGUAAUUCUGAGGGCGCACGUUUGAUUGUGAUGAAGUCGCUCUAGGAAUUAUUCAGAUUUAAACCAAAUGAAACACGUUAGUUCUCAAUUCGAUUGUUCGUAUAGCGUUUUUUGUAAAUAUGUAUAUUAUUACUGUAAAUAGUGUUAAGCUUAAACCAUGCCUUGUUCCUUCUUAUUAGUUUGUUUAAUUUAAUAUUUUUUACGGUAUACUUUUGACUGAUAUGUAACGAUUUUAGGUAUUAAAAAAAAUUAUUUAAUUUUUUUUUAUAA